AUGGCCACCGUACGAACGAACCUGGGCCCGCUGACAACCCCGUUCACAUACCCUGAGAGUUGUAAGGUCAUUGUGCAAGGAUGCUCAGCCUGCUACUGGGGCUGGCAAGGGCAGACCUACUCUGUGAAGCAAACGAACAAGGAACUGCGUGGCUGGGGCUACUACUCACCAGGUAUCUCGUGCCCUGCAGGGUAUGAGAAGAGAUGCUCUGCCACAGGAACCGCCGAUGUGUCUGGAUUCACGUUCCAGUUCCCUCUUGGUUACACAUGUAAAUUCGACUGGGAUGUCGAUCGCGCACACACAUGUUACAGUAUUGCCACUACAGGAUCGUUCCCAGCAGUAUUUUGUUCCUCAGGCAAGAGCAACGGCUUUAGAUAUCUCGAACUACCAACGGCCGCCAUCGUAACAGGGUCAGGCGAAGACUCGGUCACGGUCAUCAGCACCAUGAUCCUCAACGCACCUUUGUUCCAGCUCAUCCACCAAUCGACGGACAUAGCUUCGUCCUCCCACACAGCCACGGUCACUGGGCAAAGCAGGAUCUCUGGCACUGGCACUCCUCCCAACAACUCAGAAAAUGGGCUGUCGAUUGCUGCCAAAGCUGGGAUUGGCGGGGGUGUCGGCGGUGGUGUUCUUCUGGUCAUCAUGGCUAUUUCAUUCUUCUUCUGGAAACGAAAAAGAGCGCGUGGUGCCGUUUCUACCACCGCAGGUACUGUGCCUUCACCUGUCCUUAAGCAGGAGCUCCCAGCUAUAUCCGUGCCACGACUGGAAUUGAGCACACCUGCAAAUUCGCCUACGGUCCGAGGCGAGCUCGCAUAA